AUGGGCCCGUACAACUGGUGCAUACCGGUUAGAACUUCCAAUCCAGUCCAUCAGACCAACUCGCUUCCUCCUCGAAUCGAGGAUGGCAGGGAUGAGCCAUUCAUUCCUGACUCCGACGGAGAAUUUUUGAUGCCCCCUUCCCAUAAUAGCUCAAUCGCCGUCUUGAAAGUCCCUACGAACAAACCAGCACAAAUUUGUACUCAUGCAGGACCGACAGUUAUGCCUGCAGUCCAGCCAGACUUUGCUUCGCUCUCCCAACGCCUCAUUACUCCAGGAAUAGCCGCCCCUAGAGUGCGCGCCAUCGCGUCAAACAGCUCGCAGACCGCCAAGGCUACCCCUGGAAAUUCUUUCAAUGAACUUCCCCGUAAAACCCAUCCCGAAUCAAGUCAAACAUUGUUUCUUCUGAAUCAGUUGAGUUCUCAACCAUUGACCUUGACUAAGUGGAGUCAAUUCAUGGAAAAGCUCAUUCAGCAAAACGAUAAGAAUUUCAUAAAAGCGACUCAUGAGCGCUCGCCGAAGGAGAAGCGAAGUGAGGUUAAGUCAGAAAAAGAGCGAUCGUUACGACCACAGAAGGCCUUCAAACAACUCACUGCCCCAACGGAUGAGUAUAGGGCACUUUGCCUUGACACGGAUGAGGACGAAGUUCGACUUGAUGACCUCAUCGAUGAAAUCCAAGCGGUGGAGCAUGUCUUACUCAAAACAAUCGAUGGCACUGGGCUAGAUGUAGCUAACUUCCUUGGGACUGUCCAGAAACCAACGCAUGGUCGCCCUCCUGCAUCAGUCAUUGUGAAGGACACUCAACCAAUGUUUCAAAAGAGUGCCAACAUGUCUAUGAUGUCCAAUGUUGCCACACUAGCAAGCGAGAUGGACACCGCGAAACCCUCAAAUGCACCUUAUCAGUCAAGACCGGCGACGAGAUCAUCAAUGGCAGAUCCCAUGCCUGUGGAUGCAGAAUUUGAUGUCGAUGACGACGGCUUCUCUAGUCUAGAUGAACUCCAGCUCCCGUCAGUGCUUAAAGCUGUAAGAAACUUAGCACCAGUCAGUCGAAGUCCGCCUCAAGCGACACGUCGUCACCCUGGCGAUGAAUUUAGUGACUUCAGACACGAUGAGGAGAUGCUUGCUUUUGCACAGGAUUAUGAGACCCGUCAGUCCCACGUUCCCAUUUCGCAAGACUUUAGAGAAGUCGUCUCGGUGACAACUGGUAAUGCUGGAGCUGUUGCAAAGCCUCUAACCUCGUCAAAGAAGCUAUUGACGUCAGUAGCGCCAGAGUCAAUCCCUGCCGAGCUGAUGAAACAUCCGUGGUCACCUGAAGUUCAAAGGAUGCUCAAAGACCGGUUCAGAAUGACAGGAUUCCGCCAUAAUCAGCUUGAGGCUAUUAAUGCAACAUUGGGAGGUAAAGAUGCCUUCGUCCUUAUGCCAACGGGUGGCGGCAAGUCUUUAUGCUACCAAUUACCUGCCGUUAUCAAAACUGGCAAGACUCAGGGUAUCACCAUUGUGGUGUCGCCAUUGCUCAGUUUGAUGCAAGAUCAAGUUGACCACAUGAAAGCUCUAGGCAUUCAGGCUGUCGCUUUCAAUGGCGAGUACUCUGCUGAAUAUAAGAGACAGGUUAUGACUGCUUUCGAGAAGAGAAGCCCAGAGGACUACAUUGAGCUCCUGUAUGUUAACCCCGAAAUGGUGAGCAAGAACACUACCUUCAACAAGGGGAUGCGAACCCUGCAUCACAAAGGUAAACUUGCACGCAUCAUCAUUGAUGAGGCUCACUGCGUCAGUCAAUGGGGCCAUGAUUUCCAGCCAGACUACAAAACUUUGGGCGAAGUCCGCCAGAGAUAUCCUGGAGUGCCGGUCAUGGCUCUCACAGCCACCGCGACACAGAACGUCAUCAUCGACAUUAGGCACAAUCUCGGAAUGGACAACUGCCAAACGUUCUCACAAAGCUUCAAUCGUCCAAAUCUACACUACGAGGUUCACGGAAAGACAACGAAUGCCAAAUGUAUGGACGAGAUCGCGUCGCUGAUCAUGUCCAAAUAUGCGAAUCAGAGUGGGAUUGUCUACACGGUCACACGAAAGAACGCAGAAAAAGUUGCGGAGAGUCUUUCGAUCCAAGGAAUCACCGCCAGGCACUACCACGCAGGCCUCGACCCCCAGAGAAGGUUGAGGUACAACUGCCUGGCAGCAGGGCCAGGUCAAGAUUGUCGUUGCAACAAUUGCGUUCGGCGUGGGCAUCGACAAGCCAGACGUGAGGAGACGGGUCGCGCAGGCAGAGACGGAGAACCCUCCGAUUGCAUUCUUUUCUAUGGCAAGCAGGAUAUAAGGAUCCUGAAAAAGUUGAUCGCUGAUGGUGAGGGUAACAAUGAGCAAAAGGAGCGCCAGAUGACUAUGCUUAACCGUGUCACGGCGUUUUGUGACAACAAGUCUGAUUGCCGUCGGGUUGAAAUUCUUCGCUAUUUUGGCGAGGACUUGAGUGCAGAGCAGUGCCGCAAGACUUGCGACAAUUGCAAAGCUGGUUUAAUCUUUGAACAACGAGAAUUUUCUGAGGAUGCCAUUGCAGCCAUCAGGGUUGUUCAGGCGCAGAGGCGGAUUACUGCGGUGCAAUGCGCCGACAUCCUCAUGGGGAGGAAGUACCCCCCCAUGAGGCACGUAGCUCAGACGACUGCCGAGAAGGCAUUUCAUGAGAACAACCAAGUCGGACAUCAUGGCAUGGCAAUCCAGUAUUUGAAACUCGGAUCGACAUACCGCCUGUUUCUCUCAGGGCAACGGAAGCUCAUGUUAUCGAUUCAAGUGCAGGAAGAGAGCGCGACUAACAAGCUUUCCAAGACCCGGUCGAAGCAAGCCAGUAAGAAGCCGAAGGAUCAGGAUGUGACGGCCAUGCCGUCGCUAUAUGUGUCUUUACCUGUUGGGCGAUGGAAAAAGAAAACUCUUACCGUGAAAAGCGACGAUGAGAAUGGCUCCAUGACUUUGAACGGCUAUGCGAAUGAUAGGUUUAUGAUAAACGAUGACGAGGAUGAAGAGGCCUUUGAAGCGCUGCCUGACCACCAACCACUGAAGCCGCCCUCGCGAUCGCCUGGGCUUCUAAUGUCCAUCAGUGCCGAGUUGAAGGACUUGAACGAAAUACACCGGGAUAUUGUUGACGAUUUCGUCCGGGAAGCAAAGGUAGCAGGGGAGAAAAUCCGAAAGCGGGAAGGGCUCAGAUCACCACUGUUUACCGAGAAGAUGCUUCGGGUCAUGGCCAUACAGUGGACAACUUCUCUUGACAAGAUGUCUAAGAUUCCAGGCAUCCAGCCUGACAAAGUCAUGAUUCAUGGACCGGAGAUUCUACUUAUCUUGUGGAGAUACUACAGCGGUUACCGUGAGGUCAUGGAUCCCAAGCGCUCUGGGGGUAACGGCCAGGAGAUUGUGGAUCUGCUAAGUUCAGAUGCCGAGAUGGGUGAGGAUGCCUAUGAGGACGAGGAUGGGGAGGAUUCUCCUUACUUCAACACCAACAGGCACGCCGAUAUUCGGGUCUAG